UUACUUCAAGUACUGCAAGAUCUCGGCGCUGGCGCUGCUGAAGAUGGUGAUGCACGCCCGCUCGGGGGGCAACCUGGAGGUGAUGGGGCUCAUGCUGGGCAAGGUGGACGGAGAAACCAUGAUCAUCAUGGACAGCUUCGCGCUGCCGGUGGAGGGCACCGAGACUCGCGUCAACGCACAGGCGGCCGCCUACGAGUACAUGGCUGCCUACAUUGAAAACGCAAAGCAGGUUGGUCGUCUGGAAAAUGCCAUCGGCUGGUAUCACAGUCACCCUGGCUAUGGCUGCUGGCUGUCUGGCAUCGACGUCAGCACCCAGAUGCUUAAUCAGCAGUUCCAAGAGCCCUUCGUAGCCGUGGUGAUUGAUCCAACAAGAACAAUAUCUGCAGGAAAAGUGAAUCUUGGAGCAUUUAGGACAUACCCUAAGGGCUAUAAACCUCCUGAUGAAGGGCCAUCUGAGUACCAGACUAUUCCGCUUAAUAAAAUAGAAGACUUUGGUGUACAUUGUAAACAGUAUUAUGCUUUGGAAGUCUCGUACUUCAAGUCAUCUUUGGAUCGGAAGCUGCUGGAGCUCCUGUGGAACAAGUACUGGGUGAACACUCUCAGCUCCUCCAGCUUGCUCACGAAUGCCGACUACACCACUGGCCAAGUCUUUGAUUUGUCUGAGAAACUAGAACAGUCGGAAGCCCAGCUUGGAAGGGGCAGUUUCAUGCUGGGUUUAGAGACUCAUGAUAAGAAAUCGGAAGACAAACUUGCAAAAGCAACAAGAGACAGCUGCAAGACCACCAUAGAAGCUAUACACGGGCUGAUGUCUCAGGUUAUUAAGGAUAAACUUUUUAAUCAAAUUAAUAUAGCUUGAAGUAUGUCACCAGAUGAUACGCAUCUCUGGAGCAGAAAAAGUCAUGGUUUCUUUCGCUUGGACUUGCUCAAUUUGGGAAAUGAAGCUGGAGUGGAAAAUUUAACUUGUAGUACUUUAAUAUUUCCCACCUGUCUGACCAGUUUUAAAGAACAAAGUGUUCUGAAACGUAGUGCAGCUUUUUGUUCCUUAUCGUAAAACACAACCAGGUGGGAGGAUUGUUCCAAAAGAAAAAUAAAUGUGACUUACUGUAUUUUGGUCUUAGCUAUUUAUCUCUUAUUAUCCAACUGCAAUAAAACAGUUCUGAAAACGA